CUCGAGUGUAUAAAGCGGAGGAAAUUUGAGAAAAUCAACAUUUGUCGCAUUGAGUCAUCACCGAGCCAUUAAGACCUUGGCUCGAUUUCAUCAAUUUUCGUAAUCAAAUAUACUUUACACUCGAGCAACCCCAUUGUAACCAACGUCACACCUGAGAACGCACUUUCAUCAAGAAUAUAUAUCACUGAAGGAUUAGAUAAAUACCUGCUUGUGUUUACCUAAGAAGGCUAGAGAAGGAUACAAAAGCGAACUCGUAUCUUAAGCAUUCUGUUCAAAGCAACAAAUCGUUCAUAACAUAUCGUAAUAUCAUCACCAUGCCGAAAUAUUACUGUGACUAUUGCGAUACACAUUUGACGCACGAUUCGCCCAGCGUCCGCAAAACACACUGCACUGGUAGAAAACACAAAGAUAACGUGAAGUUCUAUUACCAAAAAUGGAUGGAAGAACAAGCCCAACAUUUGAUCGACGCCACCACGGCUGCCUACAAAGCCUCCAAACUCCCCAUGGCUGUUCCCGGAAUGCCCAUUCCUCCACCGCAUUUUGGAAUGCCGCUUAGACCAGGAAUGCCGCACAUGAUGCCGCCACCGAUGGGUCCUGGUGGUCCGAUGCCUCCAAUGAUGAUGGGACCUGGCACACCGAUGCCGCCUAUGAUGGGAAUGCCACCGCCCCACAUGAUGGGGAUGAUGCACAUGCGACCUCCGGUUAAUAUUUCUCAAGUGCAAAAAGAGUGAAUUUUUUACAUAGUAUUGUAUACCAAUAAAGUUACGUUGUUUUCGAUGUUUUUAUACUUCAUUGUAUACCAAUAAAGUUACGUUGUAUUCGA